AUGAGGAGUGUUGCUCUGCGGUGUCUCUCGGGCGCAAGGCGCCGACUUUAUGUCCCGGCCGCCAGCCCAGUGACUCACUGCAUUUCAUUGAGAGCGCGCCCAAAACAGCUGAGGUGGAUCAGUCAGACCACCACCUCUGAGGAUGUCGUCCCGGAAGAACAGAAUGAUAUCUCUUCCGGGGAACAGACUCUUGAGCCUACUGCCACGGCAGGCACACCAGAGCAACCUGUUGACAGCCCUCAGGAAACCGACGGUAAAAGGAAUGAAAACCAUCCAUUGAACAGUACAUUGGGACAAGUCACGGGGUUUGAGCGAGGGUCCACAGUCGCUCUCUACGGCUUCUUGGGCAAAAGAAGAGACAAGUCCUCGAGGCUUAGCUUCUGCAACCUCGACACGGGCGGCCUAGAAGACGUGCAGAUCGUGUCCAAGGUGCGCGAGGAUGAGGACAAGCCAUGGGUAAAAGAUCUGCAUCAAAAGCUGAAGGCCACACCGGCCUACAGUCCCGUGAGGGUGGGUGGCGUUCUCGAACACAGGCCACGUCCGGCCAGGAAAGAUGAGGACGAGCAAGUCGAAGGAACUCCUGAGCCAGUUGCAUGGGAUAUACAGAUGAAUAACUUGGAAGUAUUCAAUGAGUUCUCCAAGGAUAUCAUUGUGUCUGAAGAUGCCGUCUGGUCGCCGUCGCAGCGUCACCUCCAACUACGAUUCGAUCCUUUGCUUCGAAAGCGAUUGGCACUUCGCUCAAGUGUCAAUUUCGAGGCUCGCAAGUACCUUAUGAAGAUGGCAUUCCACGAAUACGAGACUCCCGUUCUUUUCAAGUCAACCCCUGAAGGUGCCAGAGAAUUCUUGGUUCCCACUCGCCAGCCAGGACUAGCAUAUGCACUUCCCCAGAGCCCCCAGCAGUCUAAACAAGUGCUCAUGGCAUCCGGCAUCCUGAGAUACUUUCAAUUUGCUCGCUGUUUCCGCGAUGAGGACUCACGCGCGGACAGGCAACCUGAAUUCACCCAGCUGGAUAUUGAAAUGGGAUUUGCUAGACGCAAGGACGUCAUGAAAACAGUGGAAGGUAUCAUCAACAGCGUAUUCCAUAUGCUCCGCGUUUCCGAAGUCCCUCGUGAAGUUGGGGGAGUCCUUUAUUCAUCAGCCGGCGAACUUUUCGCACGAUAUGAUAAGUCGAGAGAUCCCGACAGCCAAAGGUCGGGGCGCACUAAGUUGUGGCCCUUGAGAGACCUUCGUUUCCAUCCGCUCGUGCAAUUCUCCUACAAGGAGGUCAUGGAAAAAUUUGGUACUGACAAGCCAGAUCUUCGUAUUCCAACAAGUAUCUGCCGUGUUGAACACUUAUUGUCUGAAGAUUUCCAAAAGAUGAUCACAAGUUUGGAGGAUCCGAUCGUGGAAGCGAUACAGUUCAAGCUCAACGAUACGCCGUCCGAGCAUAUGGCUUUUAUUCGCGAGUUCAUGGAGAACCUGCCCAAGACUACUCUGAAGUUUGGUUCGUCAUCGGCGCCUGGUGUGUUUGUUUUUGAUGAGUCCAAGCCACUUAAUGGUCUUUCCGCCCUUGGCCAUCAGGCGGGGGAAGAAAUCGCAUCCAUGGAGAGCAAGUAUUGGCCGCGCCUGCAAAAUGGGGAUCUGCUCAUUGUGCAUGCCCGUGAGCGUACAGAUUUCAAGGGCGAGGGCUGGACAGAACUCGGCAGACUGCGAAAGACAAUCUAUGACGCGGCUGUCCAGAAAGGCCUAAUCGAGCGCGACAUCGGCUUCAGGUUCUGCUGGGUCAAGAACUUUCCUCUCUUCACUCCCGACAUUGAUCCCGGCGAGGGCCAAGGCGGAGCUGCUGGUGUAAAAGCUACACAUCAUCCGUUCACGGCGCCCAUCGACCCACUCACCGCUCAAGACUGGGAAAACAUUGAGAACGGCAAGCCCUGGCUUGUCAGGGGAGACCACUAUGAUUUGGUGCUCAAUGGUAAUGAAAUCGGAGGUGGUAGCCGUCGUAUCCACAAUCGCGCCAUGCAGGAAACAGUCAUGCGUUCGAUUUUGAAGAUGCCCGAGAGCGGUAUCGCGCAAUUCAAGCACCUCUUGGAUGCCCUAGAUGCAGGCUGUCCCCCGCAUGCUGGCUUUGCGCUGGGCUGGGACCGCUUCAUCUCGCUCCUCUGUGAUGUCGACAGCGUGCGGGAUGUCUUGGCGUUCCCCAAGAACCAGAAAGGAGAGGACCUUUUCGCCAGCAGCCCGUCACAGUUGACCAAGAGCCAGCUGGAUACGUAUCACCUCACGCCAAGUGACUGGGCUGUUCCGGAGACUGAGGCCUAG